AUGCCGGCGGACACGGCGCAACCAGCAGACAGCGUGCGCUCCUACGGGAUGCAGCUCAGCUGGGACGUCAACGACCCGCAGAUGCCUCCAGAGCCAAUGUUCUUCGACCACUUCCGGGAGUGGCCGGACGGGUAUGUGCGCUUCAUCUACAACAGUGAGGAGAAGAAGGCACAGCGCCACCUGAGCGGCUGGGCCAUGCGCAACACCAACAACCAUAAUGGGCACAUCCUCAAGAAGUCGUGCCUGGGCGUGGUGGUGUGUGCACGGGCCUGCACCCUGCCCGAUGGCUCGCGCCUGCAGCUGCGACCUGCUAUCUGCGACAAGGCGCGACUGAAACAGCAGAAGAAAGCGUGCCCCAACUGUCAUUCUGCUUUGGAGUUAAUUCCAUGUCGAGGGCAUAGUGGAUACCCUGUGACCAACUUUUGGCGGCUUGAUGGCAAUGCAAUAUUUUUUCAGGCCAAGGGAACUCAUGAUCACCCAAGACCAGAGAGCAAAUCAGAGACAGAAGCUAGAAGAAGUGUCAUCAAGCGACAGAUGGCCUCCUUCUACCAACCCCAGAAAAAGAGAAUUCGAGAAGCUGAGGCAGAAGAAGACCAAGGCAGCAGUGUUCAUUUCAAUAUACCUCCCCUGGAACAUCCGGAACAGUUUGAUAUAAUUACUGACACCGGCUUCCCUGUUCUAGAACAGCCUUGCCCUUCCUUCCCAAUCUCUGAUGCUUACGACCUAGCCACUUUUCAAGGAGAUAAAAUGCUACCCUUUCAGAAAUAUCCAAACUCAAGAAUCUAUUUGCCUAGGCCACCUUGCAACUAUGAAUUGUCAGGCCCUGGUUAUAUAAAUUCGAGCCCCUACUCUACCCUUUGUAAAGAGUCCCCAGGUAUCCCUAAUGACACAGACUGGCUUCAUCUGAAUUCACUACAAUAUAACGUCAGUUCAUACAGCAGUUAUGAGAGAAACUUUGAUUUCACCAGUAAACAACAUGACUGGAAACCAGCUUUUGGAAUACCUGUCCUUGGGGACAGGUCUGACCAUGGACAGCUCCAGGCCAUGGCCAAUUUCCCUUAUUAUAAUCCAGAGCUUCCCUGCAGGUACCUCACAACUGCCCCACCAGGUGCCCCUGCCCUACAGACAGUGAUUACAACCACCACCAAAGUGUCCUACCAGGCCUACCAGCCCCCUGCUCUGAAAUACAGUGCCAAUGUAGGGGGAGAGGUUAAGAGCCUUUUAGGCUGUAACAGUGCUCCUGAGGACACUCAGAUGUCUGUCUGUCCUGAAGCCUUGAGCCCUCCAGCUACAGUCACUAGGGCAGCCUCUCCCUUGGGCCCACUUCCUUUGAAAACUCCAGGAGAUUGCCAGGCCAUUGGACCCACUUUGGCUUUUCCUCAAGAGUCAGCUUCCUCUAGGACGGAUGGAGCAGAGACCUGGGAGGUGUGUCUGUCUGGGCUGGGCCCUGCAAUCAGUUACUCAGAUAGAGUGGGUCUGAUCUUUAGUUGUGACAGUGAGGACUUUUGA